AUGGGGGAUGACUAUGAAUCACUGGGGGUAACUCUUCACUUAAACAAUAUUGCCCUACAUAUAAUCAAACUAUAUGUGCCACAGAGUAAACUUCACCUUGACACACUACAUGAAUUUGUUAAUGAAGAACCUACCCUGCUGGUCGGUGACCUUAUUGCCAGGCACCCACAGUUUGGUGCCAACUGUCAUCACCCUAAUGUCAAUGGAUGGAAACUUACUCUUUCUGAAGCCAACCAACAGACUGUACCACCUGUUAAAGGUUCUCAGAAUGUACCUGCUGAAGUAAUUCAACAGACUGAGAUAUGCCUGCCAGCUAAAGCCAUUCAACAGACUGUACAACCUAUUGAAGAGUCCGAGGGACCUGUACCAACUGCAGCAACAACAGUCCAAGAUGUGCAGAUUUCAGUAGAUAUCAUGUCGGAUAUAACCAGUCAGCUUGAAGUUUUUGAUGAAACCAAAGACGAAUGUGUUGUUGCAGGCAUGAAUUCAGACAAAACUGCAGAAAACAGUGAAUUAUUAAGGAAGAAUAAUGGUGGUUCUGUAGAUACUGGAAAGGAAAGGAAAAUGGAUUAUACACAUUCAGACUCUGCAAAAGUUAGCAGAACAUUAAAAAUGAACAUAGCAAGCAACAGACCAAAAAGUGAGAGUGGAAGUGACAGAAAAAUAUUGAAAAAUCGACAUCAAAGCAGCAUUGACAGCCAAACCGAUGAUAGCAGCACAUCAUACAGCAAAAAUCAAUGUACAUGUGCCCCUGAAGUUUUUGAUACCUGUGAGUUAAAUAAUAAAUAUCACAAGAGCAAUACAAAUAGAAAAUCAGUUAGUAAACACAGACAUGACUCUGACAAGAAGAAUAAGAGUAAUUACCAAAGUAUAAGCAGUGAUGAGAAUGACAAAAGCAGUUCAACUGAAGAAGCAACAGGGCUGGCUCCCAUCAGUAGCAGCCACAGUAACCCAGUACCCAGUGGUAGUGGUCGUCCACACGAGCGACUUACUAGCCCAGUACCCAGUGGUAGUGGUCGUACACAUGAGCAACUUAAGAGCUCAGUACCCAGUGGUAGUGGUCGUACACAUGAUCAACUUACGAGCUCAGUAACCAGUGGUAGUGGUCAUCCACAUGAGCGACUUACUAGCCUAGUACCCAGUGGUAGUGGUCAUCCACAUGAGCGACUUACUAGCCUAGUACCCAGUGGUAGUGGUCAUCCACAUGAGCGACUUACUAGCCCAGUACCCAGUGGUAGUGGUCGUCCACACGAGCGACUUACUAGCCCAGUACCCAGUGGUAGUGGUCGUCCACACGAGCGACUUACUAGCCCAGUACCCAGUGGUAGUGGUCGUCCACACGAGCGACUUACUAGCCCAGUACCCAGUGGCAGUGGUCGUCCACACGAGCCACUUACUAGCCCAGUACCCAGUGGCAGUGGUCGUCCACAUGAGAGACUUACUAGCCCAGUACCCAGUGGUAGUGGUCGUCCACACGAGCGACUUACUAGCCCAGUACCCAGUGGUAGUGGUCGUCCACACGAGCGACUUACUAGCCCAGUACCCUGUGGUAGUGGUCGUCUACACGAGCCACUUACUAGCCCAGUACCCAGUGGUAGUGGUCGUCCACACGAGCCACUUACUAGCCCAGUACCCAGUGGUAGUGGUCGUCCACAUGAGCGACUUACUAGCCCAGUACCCAGUGGUAGUGGUCGUCCACACGAGAGACUUACUAGCCCAGUACCCAGUGGUAGUGGUCGUCCACAUGAGCGACUUACUAGCCCAGUACCCAGUGGUAGUGGUCGUCCACAUGAGCCACUUACUAGCCCAGUACCCAGUGGCAGUGGUCGUCCACACGAGAGACUUACUAGCCCAGUACCCAGUGGCAGUGGUCGUCCACACGAGCGACUUACUAGCCCAGUACCCAGUGGUAGUGGUCGUCCAUACGAGCGACUUACUAGCCCAGUACCCAGUGGUAGUGGUCGUCCACACGAGCCACUUACGAGCUCACAACCUAUGACCAAAGAUGACUCUGGGUUUGGGCUUCAGGAUAUUACUAGUACCCAAAACAAUAAUAUGAAAUUGUAA